CUGACCACUGGAAGCGUGUGACUGGCGGAGCUCCAGCUGGCUGCGGCUCCAGCGGCUGCCGUCCAGCUGAGCAGGGCGGUCUACCUCCGCUGUCUCAGGCGUCCGAUAGGGCAGGUUAAUGCCGAAGUUAUGCCUCAGCACGGAGCCUUACCGAUCUGAAAAUGCCGGCCGGCUGACCUGAGACCUGCAGACUGAUGUUUACCAAGUGGGACACCAUGUCUCUGCUACUCCUCUCCUGUCUUCUGGUUCUUCUGCUGGCCAUCGCCUUGUGCUUCAUCUCAAGAUGGCUCGUGUCCACUAUAGCUGUGCGACUUCUCCGAAACGCACUGAAUGCAGAGCUGAAGAUCAGGUCUGUCGGCCUGUUUUCUGUCCAGGGAGUCAGUGUUCAGUUUCACCCGCAGCACACGCUGGAAAUUGACAGAAUCUGGAUCUCCAGUAAACUUCUAAACCCAGAUUUACCGAGAUACCUUGCCUUGUGUGUUGGAGAUACCAGAGUUAGGUUUGAUCUACAAGCUCCCCUCGGGCCCUUAUUGAAGAGGACCAAUGGGAGGAAGUCGGCAAAGUUUUCAUGGAGCCCCACCUUCCUGCGAUGUCUCUCUCAACGGUUCUCGCUCCAUGUCAGCUCCAUCAAUGUGAUGGUUCUAAACCUGGUAGUGACCGAGUCACUCUGGCACAUGACUAUUUCUGGAAUAACAUUGUUGCUUCAUCAGCAUAGUAAAAGACUAGCGUGGAAUGUCUCAGUUGGACAACUGAGCAGUAAAGUGCUGAAAAACAGUCAACUGGACACAUGUUUGGCUGAAGUGGCUUUCAACAUGCUGCUCUCUGGAGAAGUGAGUCUUCCAGAGAUGAGGCUUGGAAAUCUCUCCCUGUGUGUGAGGACGCUGAUAGCUGAGCUGCACGAGGGUCUGUUCCUCACCCAAAUCCUGGUGCCCGUGACUCCGCUGGUCAGGAAGGAUGCAGGUGACCAAACUGAAGAGAGUACUACCAGCGAAUUCAUCCGAACUGACUCAGUGGAAAAGCUUCACCAGUUUGUUCCCAACAAGGUCAAUGUUGAAUUUGAUAACACCAACAUCACUCUGUCCAUGCACAGCCAGAAAAGACACUUGAACUGGACGUUGAAGACGUUGAAACUCGGCUACGGACGAGACGACGAGCAGCUUCCACUCAAAAGCUUCACACCUGAGCUGAGUUUCCCUCAGAGCAGCCUGGAGCUCUGCCUGGAGGAUGGACUUGUCUUAUCUCAAAGCAGGCAGCGAAUUCUCUGUGUGAACUCCCUCAAGGCAGCUCUGCAGGUGACAUCGAUCGACAUUUCUGGGUCCUUCACUGUCAACACUUGCAUCGUUCACUACCGCCACCAGGAAUUCAGCCACUGGCUCUCUUUGAUUCCAUGGGCUCAGAUCCUGCACAGAAAAACUCCGCACAGAAAAAGUCCAUUAGAUUUUUUGCCCACCUUCCUGUUCCUCAGGCGUCUGCCUCACCUAGACGCGCCAGUGAUGAUCACGUCCUCCGUGUCUAAUGUGAACGUGUCGGUUCAGCUGGGGGACACCACGCCUUUUGCUCUGGGGUUCCUUGCUACAAGUGCAGAGCUGCAGCAUCUUCCUGACAUCAGAGUGGAAAAGGAAUUCCUGGAGACUCCGAAUGUGCACCAGCGUGCUUCUCUGAGCCUGGAGAGCUUCUGGUGGAGGGUGGGUCAGGGAUCUCACAUCCAACAGGCCCCGCACCCCCCUGGGAAACACGCCUGGGGAGAAGCUUUGGUUGUAGAUUUCCUCACUCUUCAGGGAAGUUUGAACCGACCUCAUCUGGACUUAACUGGUCAGUCUUCAAGCCUGAGUGUGGAGUCCACGCUCAAAGGGGUCCAGGUUGAGCUCUCGGAGACCUGCGCUCUCUGUCUGUCCCGCCUUUUGUCUCUCCUCUAUGCCCCACUUGAAGAUGCCACGCAGCUGUCGAGAGCCGCCCCAGUAGCUGCACCCACUGAUGACACUCCACAACCGAACAUGCUUUUUAAACUCAACUGUUGUUUGGAGGAUGUUAACGUGUUUACAGUCUCCAAUCUGGCAGGAGCCGUGUCUCUGCGGAUGGAUGCGGUUGAAAUUUUAAGUGCCACAGAAAGCUCCACAGUGUCUCUGACGGGUGUUAGCUUGUCCUUGGUCCAAACUCUCACUGAGGCCACGGAACUUUGCUGCCCUGCCUCUUUGACUCAAGACCCCGUGGUCAAACUGACCUCCAUAGUCAUCUGCUACCACAUUACCACACACACCUUGCAGGUUCAGUGUGAAGGUGAACUUGCUGUUGACUGGACUCCAUCAGACCACAUGGUCUUGCAUCAGCAUAUGACUGAAGCUCAGGGAUGUUUGCGAAUGCUGCAGGCGAUUCAAGAAACGGAUCAGUCCAUCCGUGGUAUUGAUGAAACCAUCAACUCUCCUCAGACAAGAGGGCUGGUGAUACACGUCCAGCUUUGCUGCACUUGUUUAACAGCCCAUGUCAGCGAACAGAACUACAUUCUCCUCCACACCGAAGCAUUUUCAGUGUCCAAGCACACAGGCUCAAUGCACAUGCGCUCCCCAUCUCUGAUUUUCAACUUUGACGGUCACGACAUUGUGACCUUUAAAGAUUUGGAUGUGCAGUCGCAUGACGAUUUUGCUGAGAUGCAGCUGCACAGAGACAACUUUUCCUUCCUCACCACUCCUCUAAAUCACGUCUGGGUUUUCAGUUGCCCGUCUGUGGCCGUGGAGUUCCCGUAUCAGUACAAUUUCUCCAACACCUUUGACGUGGCCAUCAGUGUUCAGAAGUGGUUAAAGAUGCUUCACCACUCCCCGAGUCAGGCGGCGGCAGAUCCUCCUCUCCCUCCGGAUUUGGUGUUGAAAAUCAGCCAUUUCUCAUUCGUCUUCCUCGACGACGUCUUUGAAAUCAAGCUGCGGGACAAUUACGAGCUGAUGAAGGAUGAGAGCAAAGAGAGCGCCAAGCGCCUGCAGCUUCUGGAUAAGAAAGUUGCGGACUUACGUAAACAGCACGGGGAACUUUUGCCUGCCAGGAAGAUAGAGGAGCUGUACAGUUCACUGGAGAAGAAGCACAUAGAGAUCUACAUCCAGCGCUCGCGCCGCCUCUACGCCAACACACCCAUGAGGAAAUCUCUGCUGACCUGGACUGUGUCAAACCUGGAGCUUGUGUUCUUGGCUGACCAGUCAUUUAAUGGGCCUGACAGGGUGAGAGAGCAACUGAGGGACAUUGACAAGGUCAGCCCCUUCCCAAGAGACGGGCUACCUUUGGUGAUACAGUGGUGCCGGGCAGUGAAGUUCAAACUUGCUGCGUUUUUGGUGAGAAUCCGGGACUACCCUCGCUACCUGUUCGAGAUCCGGGACUGGGACCUGUCCGGGCGUCUGAUUGGGACCGAGCAAGAUGGUCAGACCAGGGCCAAACGCAAGGAGGUCGUUCCCCUUGGCGCCCCCUGGGGCGACGUUGUGGUUCACAGGAAUAUGCCACCUCUCAAGUUCUUCUACGACUUUAAAUCCAGCAUCUCGCUCUACACCAUCGUCUGGGGACCAUGUUGGGACCCUGCGUGGACUUUAGUCGGCCAGUCCGUUGACCUGCUGACUAAACCAACUGUUGACCCCUCACCUCUUCUGGCCUGGUGGGACAAGAGUCGCCUCCUUCUGCAUGGACAAUGGGCGAUGGAAAUUGACCAGGCAAACCUUCAUCAGCUGGCGACAGAGGACCCGUACAACACGACGGAAAACUUGCACUGGGAGUGGAACAAGUUGAGUUUCAACUGGAAUCCUGGGCAGUUUGUGUUUAAAGGAGACUUAAAUCUGAAUGUCAGAACAGCCUCGAAGUAUGAUGAUAUCUGUUUUCUCCACCUGCCGAAUCUCCGUAUGACGCUCGACCUCCAGUGGCUCUGCCAUGGGAACCCCCACGACCACCAUGCUGUGACGCUCUGCUGUGCAGACACUGUUGCAGAUGUCGCCUCUGGACAGCCUCAUGACUCCUACCGAGCUUUUCGCUCUGAGAAUCUCAAUCUGUCCAUCACCAUGGACCUGGAUCAACACUGUGACUCGGAGUCGUCCCAGCCGACCAUACUGUUGUACAGCAGCACCCUGCGCUGGAUGCAGAACUUCUGGGCCACCUGGACAAGUGUGUCCCGACCCAUCUGCAGAGGCAAACUCUUUCACAGCCUCAGGCCGGUCCGCAAGAAGCUGAGUCAGCAUUACAAGCAGAUGUCCUACACAGCUUCCUUCCCUCAGUUACAAGUGCAUUACUGGGCAUCGUUUGCUCAGCAAAGAGGAAUCCAAGUGGUGUGCAGUAAGGGCCACGUGUUCACUCGAGGAGCCCAGAGACUUAUUCCACAGGCUGGCACUGUGAUGAGGAGGCUCAUCUCAGAGUGGAAUGUGACCCAGAUGGUCAGUGAGCUCUCCGAGGUGACGGUACACCUCAUGGCCUCCACCUGGGAUGAGACCGCUGACCACCAGAUCAACGCUCAGGUGAAGAAGACUCACCUGCUCAGCCUGUCGUCCCUCAGUUACCAACGGCAGAGCAUCCGCAUGGAAGGGGAGGUCAACUCGAGUGAUGAAACAAAUGCUUCUUACACUCACAAACUUCGCCUUGUUGACCUCCGAGCAUCUUGGACGACCACCAACCGAAAUAUAGCCUUCGGCCUGUAUGAUGGCUACAAGAAAGCCUCGGUUCUUAAGAGGAACCUCUCCACUGAAGCCCUGAAAGGUCUUAAAAUCGACACCCAGCUUCAAACCAAAAAGCUCAAGCGCUCCCCUUCAACCUUUUCUCCCACAACUCCCACGACUCCAACAACUCCGGUGAUGCCGACUCUGUCUCGGGCCGAGAAAAGUCAUAAUGAAGGAACGUCGAUGCUUCAGAAACUCAUCGAGGAAACAGACAAGUUUGUGGUGUUCUCCGAGGAGGACUCUGGGGUCAGUGACCAGCUGUGUGGCAUCGCAGCCUGUCAGACUGACGACGUCUUCAACCGCAACUGGUUUAUAGAGUUGGUCAACUGCCAGAUGAUGCUGCGAGGCACAGAGACAGCAGGGUGUGUUCUAGUCUCUGCAGCGAAGGCUCAGCUUCUCCAAUGUGAACAUCACCCAUCCUGGUACAACGACACCCUGAAGCAGAAGACCACCUGGACGUGUCUGCUGGACGGCAUGCAGUACUUUGCUACCAUGGAACUGAACCCAUCCGAGCAUGAGGACCGGCAGCUGUGGCUCGAGGUGAAAAACAUCGAGGAGCACAGGCAGCAAAAUCUGGACUCUGUUUUGGAGCUGAUGGAAAGUGGCCAGGCUGUGGGAGGGAUGGUCAGCACCACGACAGAUUGGAACCAGCCUGCUCAGGUGAACGAGACGCAGCAGGUUCAGCGCAUCAUCUCCCGCUGCAGCUGCCGAAUGCACUACAUCAGCUACAGCCACGACAUCAACCCAGAGUUGGCAACUCAGAUCAAACCUCCAGAACUGAGGAACCACCACGAGAAGGAGGAUCUGCUGAAAAAACAGGCCGGAGCUGUGGACACUUUCACUCUUAUUCACCACGACCUGGAGAUCUCCACCAACCCGGUUCAGUACGCCAUGAUCCUGGACAUCGUCAACAAUCUGCUGCUGCAUGUGGAGCCCAGACGCAAGGAGCACAGUGAGAAGAAGCAGCGCGUGCGCUUCCAGCUGGAGAUCUCCAGUAACCCCGAGGAGCAGAGAAGCAGCAUCUUACAUCUGCAGGAGGCCGUCAGACAGCACCUGGCUCAGAUCAGACGCCUGGAGAAGCAGAUUUACUCCAACACCAGAGCCCAAGCUGAUGAGCUGAGCAGCGACGAGCUCAAUGACAUCAACGCCCGGCUCCAGAACCAACUGAACCAGGAGAAGAACGACAUGCAGAUGAAAAGUGAAGAGCUGAACAUUCUGAUCAGAUGUUUCAAGGAUUUCCAGCUCCAGCGAGCAAACAAACUGGAGCUGAGGAAGCCUCCCGAGGAUGUGAGUGUGGUGAGGAGGACUGAAAUCUACUUUGCUCAGGCCCGAUGGUGUUUGACAGAGGAGGACGGGCAGCUGGGCAUCGCUGAGCUGGAGCUGCAGAGGUUCAUGUACAGCAAGCUGAACAAGUCGGAUGACACUGCGGAGCAUCUGCUGGAGCUCGGCUGGUUUACGAUGAACAACUUACUGCCCAAUGCAGCUUACAAGGUGGUUCUGCGACCCCAGAGUCCGUGCCAGUCAGGACGACAGUUCGCCCUGCGAAUCUUCAGUAAAGUGCGCCCCCCUGUGGGAGGAAUCUCAGUCAAGGAACACUUCGAGGUGAAUGUGGUGCCUCUCACCAUCCAACUGAUGUACCAGUUCUUCAAAAGGAUGAUGGGAUUCUUCUUCCCUGGAAGAAACAUGGAAGAGGAAGAGGUCACGGACGAAGAAGACAAGUUCAGAUUAGUGACCACUGGUAUCCCGGUGAAGCCUCGCCAGUCAUCAGAGGACACGCUGGGUCCGAUGGGCCCCAGCAAAGGAGUCGCACAAGGCCUGAACCGCAGCGCUGGCGUCAGGAGGUCGUUCAGGAAAGCUCCGGAGCACCCAGUCGAUGACAUCGAUAAGAUGAAGGAGAGAGCAGCCAUGAACAACUACUUCAUCUACAUCAAGAUUCCCCAAGUGCCUCUCUGCGUCAGCUACAAGGGAGAAAAGAGCAGUGUGGACUGGAAGGACCUGAACCUGGUUCUCCCCUGUCUGGAGUAUCACAACAACACCUGGACGUGGCUGGACUUUGCCAUGGCUGUGAAGAGAGACAGCCGAAAAGCACUUGUAGCUCAGAUGAUAAAGGAGAAGCUGCGUCUGAAACCCGCUUCAGGCUCGGACCUUCGUGGGAAGACGCUGGAAGGAAAGUCCGACAACGGCCUCCAGCAGCAGGAGGAAGACGAGAAAGCCAGGCUGCUCAUCGGCCUCAGCUCCGCCGACAAGAGCUCCAGCAAGAAGAGCAUCUUCAGCAGGCGCAAGUGAAACACACACACACACUGAUAAUGACCAAAUGAGUUUCACAUUCUGCCACCUUGGAAUCAAACAUGCGAGGAGGGUUCAGGCGUGCCUUCCUGCAGCCUCAGGAACACCCCAUGUCAGCGGUUCAUUUACGGUCCUGACAUGCAGUCAAAGCUAACGCUUCAUCACGACCGUGGCUGCAUGACUGUGCCUCACACAGGAAGGCCACUCUUUUAUAUCUUUUUACGUCGACUGUACCUCACCUCAGUGCAAUUCAUGAACACAGAAGCUUGACCGCGGCGCGCAGAAGAAUUAAGGACUCUAUGUUUCGUACAUUUUAACACUUGAAGCACUUUUUACGCAAAGUUGUAUCGAUAUUUUUGUAACCACGUCUGUUUGUUCUGCUCUGCGUCUCAAAAGAAAACGGUUGUUUUAAAAGUUUGUCACUAUUUUACCAAAAUUUAUUCAAAUACUGUAUAUGUGGCAAAAUUGUUAAUAAAAGGUCUCGUCUGCU